AUGAACCAGACAAUCCUAUCGGCCGCUACGGGAAUCUUGGCUCUCAUCUUUCUCACUUCCACCGUCUGUAUUGUCCAACUCGUCGUUGAUCUCAGCUUAUUUCACAAAGAUGUCAUGCAUGAUAUGGAGGAUUUCAGAAGCACCGCGGACGACGCUUGGAAACUCAUCAUAGAAUCAACAAGCGAUCAACCAGAGAGACGUGAAAAACGCGGCCAAAGAUCCACUCGUUGCCCACAGCUGGACUGCCCACCCGGUCCCAGAGGACCUCCGGGAGAUCCCGGAGUACCUGGUAUCGAUGGCGAUGAUGGACAAAAUGGACAUCCAGGAGAGACAGGCUUGAUUGCCGAGUAUGACGGCAUCAAUGAUGCUACAGGGUGCAUCAAGUGUGCAGCCGGUCCUCCUGGUCCGCAGGGUCCUCCUGGACUCGAUGGAAAUCCGGGAAAAGAAGGCGGGCUUGGCAUUCCGGGGCAACCAGGAAGUGAUGGUAAGGUUGGACUCCCGGGACCCACUGGUGAUCCUGGUGACGAAGGACUGAUGGGACUUCCAGGAUUACGAGGAUCGCCAGGCAGGUCAACGAAGCGUAGGAUAUCGGCACCUGGUCCACCUGGACGACCUGGAAUGCCAGGAAGACCGGGACGGCCAGGGAAACGAGGUGAGAACGGCCGUCGAGGUGCGGUCGGUUUGCAGGGAUCACCUGGACGACCAGGCAACCCAGGAAGAGAUGGUAUGCCUGGAAAUGCUGGGAGAGAUGGACGUGCUGGUCCACCUGGAGCGGAUGCAGGUUAUUGUGCUUGCCCAAGUCGGCUGGAAAAACUGCUUGAAUCGCUAGCAGAGAAUGGUACAGUUGAGCACUCGACGGUGGAAAGUCCAACUGAAUCGAAGGCAGUGAAAAGUCCAGUUGAGUGCAUCAGCACUACUUUCUAA